AUGUCAACUAUCACUACUAGAACUAGAAGUAGAUUACGUAGAUUGCAGAAAUUACAUUUAGCUGCUGCUGUUAAACAGGAAGAACUGUAUAUUUCAAGCUUCACAAUUGAAAAUGACGAAUUUGUGGAGGAAGAUGAUAUAAUAAAACAGAUAACAUUUGAUAAAUGUUCACAAUCAGUAUUGCUGAUAACCAAUUUUGAUGAACCAUUACAAAUUCAACAUCAAUAUCCAAUUCCUAAAUUAGGCGAACAUGAUAUUUUGAUAGAGAACAAAGCUGUUGGUCUUAAUCCUAUAGAUUGGAAAGGUAAGAAGUACCAAUUUGGCAUUUAUCAUUUUCCAUGGAUAAAUGGUAGAGAAAGUAGUGGAAUAGUGGUUAAGACUGGUUCUAAUGUUAAAUCUCAUGAAUUUUCUCCUGGUGAUAAAGUCAUAGUGAGUAGUACCAGUUAUCGUGACAAUCGUACAAGUACUUUCCAACAAUAUACAGCUAUAGACUCAAGAUUGGUAUGGAAAUUACCACCUAAGUUUUCUUUUGAAGAUGGAGCAACUAUUGGGGUAGGAUUAGUUACAGCAGGUAUCAUCUUUUACAAUAGUUUUCAAUUUGAAUUAACUGAGCAUCCAGCUAAAGAAUUUACUAAGAAUGAGUCAAUUAUUAUAUGGGGUGGUGCAACUGUUGUUGGACUCUAUGCUACACAAUUGGCUAAACUUCACGGGUUGAAAGUUAUCUCAAUUGCAAGCUUAGAUCAUGAAAUUUACCUUAAAGAAUUGGGAGCAGAUAUAGUAAUCAAUAGACAUUUAUCAUCACAAGAAAUUAAAUCCCUAGCCCUUGCAUUUAGCACAAAUAUCAAAUAUGGUAUUGAUUGUGUUUCUAAGGAUACAUCAACCAUAGUAUUAGACAUUUUAUCUAAUUCAACUUCAAUUAAACCAUUAUUUUCUGGGAUUGUAGGGCUUCCAAAGCAAGACAUUCCUGAGUCUGUCGAAAUCAGACAAGUUGUUAUCAAAGAAUUCCAUGAAAAUAUUGAUUACGGAAAACAAUUUGUAAAUAUUACUACGCAUUUCUUUAACAAUCAUCAAAUCAAACCAGUCAGAUAUAGACAUUAUCAAGGUGGUUUACAUAUAAUUCAUGAUGCGCUCAAUGAUUUAGAGGUUCUUGGUGCUAAAGGUGAAAAAUAUGUUGUCUCCAUUUAA